UUAAGACCCUCCACAUUGCUGGAAAUCAGUUGAAUGGCUCGAUUCCUCGAGAAAUCGGUCAGCUCAAAUCCGUCACCGAGCUUGCCUUGUGUAGCAACCAUAAAAAAUGGUUCCAUCCCUUCUUGUCUUGGUAGAUUAAGCCAACUUGUUUCCUUGCUUCUCUAUAAUAAUUCCCUUUCUGGUCCCAUUCCUUCAGAAUUGGGUAACCUUAGGAAUUUGUCUGAACUUUACAUGGACACCAACCGUCUAACCGGUCCCAUCCCUCCGUCGCUUUCAAACUUGAAAAAGUUGAGCGUACUUUACAUGUUUAAAAAUAGUCUUUCAGGGCAUAUCCCCUCUGAACUAGGGAAUUUGGAAUCUCUUACUGAAAUAAGCCUUUACCACAAUAACCUGUCUGGUUCAAUCCCAUCCUCAUUUGGUGAUUUGAGAAGUCUUAGUCUUGUCCAUCUUUAUCAAAACCGACUCUCUGGUCCCAUUCCUGUGGAGUUGGGGAACUUGAAAUCUCUUGUUGAUCUAGAGUUGAGUGAAAACAAACUCAGUGGCUCUAUUCCUGCUUCACUUGGCAAUUUGAGCAACUUGGAAAUCCUGUUCCUUCGAGACAACCAACUUUCUGGUUCCAUUCCUAAUGAAAUAGGAAACUUGAUGAAGCUGACCGUGUUAGAACUAGACCACAACCAUCUGACAGGAAAUUUGCCGCAUAACAUUUGCCAUGGUGGAUCACUCAAAGGCCUCACAGCGAGUGAAAACCAUCUUGUCGGGCCAAUCCCUCGAGGGCUGAAAAAUUGCACUACAUUGAAGAGAGUUUUCCUUGAAGGGAACCGGCUGAGAGGGAACAUAUCUGAAGGUUUUGGCGUUUACCCGUAUCUCGAAUUCAUUGACAUAAGUGACAAUGAAUUUUAUGGUGAAGUGUCUUCCGAAUGGGGUUUGUGCAAAAGUUUACAGAGCCUAUCUAUUGCAAGGAACAAUCUCACUGGUAGAAUACCAGCUGAGAUUGGAAACUCACAUUAGAAAAGCUCAAUCUUUCUUCAAACCAUUUAAUU